AUGAAGCACUUGGAUGCCCAGGUCGACAAGCUCGCCAACAGGAUCCAACAGGCUGUGGUGAAGCAGCUGGAUGGCAAAGUCGAUGGCCUCGCUGGGCGGCUGGAAGAGGUGAAGCGUGGCCGACCCACCGAGAUAAGGUCGGGCAGACGCCGCAGGCAGACCACAAGCUGCUUGGGACCGGACGGCAUCCGCCCUACUUUCGAGGUGGCCAUCGCAAGUGACACCAGCGCAGACACGGAGGUCACGAAGGCGCAGCUUCACGACAUCAGCGACAAGAUAGAUGACCUGGCGAAGACAUUAAAGAAGGAUCUCCCUGAGCGGCAGGCAGUGAAGGAAUCAUCCGCAGAGGCGAUUGGGCACCUCAACGCCAGAGUCGAUGGCCUCGCCGACAGGAUACAAGAGGUGGAGUCCGCCAACACGAGGACCAGGAGCUUGGAGAUUGAGGCUUUGCCUCCAGUUGGCCAGGUGCAGCUGGUCAAUGCGAAGGCAGACAUGCAGCAGGCGAUCCUCACGGCAGCACUCGGGGCUCGAGCCCAGAUACAGGGAAAAGUCGAUGCCUCCGACCAUAUGAGGGCAGAGCUGCUUCAUGGGUUGAACGUCUCCUUGGAAAGCGCAAUGGCGCAGGAGCAAAGCACCCUCCAAAGGUCGGAGGCAGACGUGGCCGAGACAGCGAGAGAGGCAGUCAACGGGACCCUCACAAGCAUCCUGAAAGCUUCAAUGGACAAGGUUCUAGGUGUUGGUCUUGCUGCCGCAUCACUGACCUCGGAGGCAGAAAGCCUGCAAGGCAACGCCACGGCCCUCCUGGACCAGGCAGGGACCCGGGGUCCGUGCUUCAAAACGGCCCAGCCAUGCCCAGGUUGA